AUGGCGCUGGAGCGCGAUGCCUCCGUCGAUGACGCUCGCGCACGAGAGCUCUACAAAUACUUUCGUCCUCCGGCUGUGGACGGUGGUUUGCCGGAUACAGUCCUUGCGGCGCACGCACAGCUCGUGGCUUGGAGGCUCGACGCUGAGCGCUCCAUGAUCACAUUGAUCGACGAGGAGACACAAUACUUUGUUGCGGAAAGUACCAAGACAUUACAUCUCGACGACAACAACAAACACGAUCACCCAUGUGAUGCGAUAUGGGCAGGCUGCGUUCGCGUCCCCAUGGCAGGGCGUCUAUGCGAGCAUACUCUCGCGACUCUGCCCCCGCCGGAUGGUGGACCAGCCUGCUUUGAGGUGCUUGAUCUAUCCAAGGACGAGCGCUUCAAUCAGCUGGAUUUUGUGAAAGGAACGCCUCACUUUAGAAACUAUGUUGGAGUCCCAUUGCGCACGCGGAAGGGCAUCAAUAUUGGUUCUUUAUUCGUAAUAGAUAGCAGGAUUCGCCCACCGCUCACCAAAGACGAGAGACACUUCCUCGGCACCAUGGCGACCAAUAUCAUUCAACACCUUGAAAUGAACAAAGAAAAGAGAGACAACCAACGCACGGUCAAUAUGCAAAGAUAUUUAUCAACCUAUGUUGAUCCUGAAUUCCAACGCCAGAGGCACAUGAAGUCACCUAGCCGGACAGUGGGAGUUAAAGCCUCUUCGGCGACCCUCAGAUCAGAUCACAGCGAUAAUGCCAUGGAUGGAGCUGAAUGCCAUGAGGUUUUCACUCCAGCUGCCGAGCUCUUAAAAGAGGCUCUCGAUCUGGAGGAAGGUGGGGGCGGUGUGGUCUUCCUGGAUACAGUGACUUCCCUUGGGAGAUCCCAGCCCUUUGCGGCUGAUACUGAUAAGAGCGAGACGUCGAGUGGGCCAGAAUCUGAUCCAGAGGAGAGCGUUCGAUAUUCACGAAGCAUACCAAAGGAGCAUCCAUCCUCACCUGAUAGGCGCCCACAAGCGCAAAACUCGCGUACUAGCAACAUGUUUACUGAGGUCUUGGCUCACGCAUCCUACCCUGUACCCAAACGAAACUUUUCGAGACUUAUUGCCCGACCAUUCACAGCUUUAUCACCGCAGCUUCUUUCCAAGCUAAUCAAACGAUAUCCGAGGGGAAAGCUUUUCACACUUGACAAAGAAGGUCAUAUCGUGUCCAGCACAGACGACGACAAAGUGAACACCGUCUCUUCGCCGAACGAAAGGAGCCAUCGAGUAGCAAAAAGCCAUAGCGAAGUCAAAGCCUUGCGAGCCCACUUCCCCAUGGCUCGCCAGAUUAUCUUUCUACCUUUGUGGGAUCCUACAACAUCACGGUCGUCUGCCUGCUUCGUAUACAAUUGCUCCGAGUAUCGGCACUUCUCGCGAAACGCAGAGUUACUUUACUGUAUCACUUUUACUAAUUGCGUCAUGACUGAGAUCGGACGACUUGCUGCUGUCAAAUCUGAUCAGCAGAAGAGCGACUUCAUUGGGUCAAUAUCGCACGAAUUGCGUUCACCUCUGCAUGGAAUCUUGGCUUCUUGCGAGUUUCUGGGAGAAACUGAAUGCAGCACUUUUCAGCGAUCACUGGUUAGCACAGCGGACAGUUGUGCAAGAACCUUACUCGAUACCAUCAACAUGGUACUUGAUUACAGCAAUAUCAAUACAUUUGAGAAGAAGCAAAAGAAAUCCAGAAGAUCUCGGCAGGGAGCGCCAAGGACAAAUUCGCCAUCAGGAACUCUUCAGGCUGAUUUGAGCGUUUACCAGCAUGUUGACAUUGCCGCUAUAACUGAAGAGGUCGUCGACGGCGUAGCUACCGGGCACACCUUUAGCAGCAUGCCGAAUACCCCGGAUGGCGAUCUUCCGCAGGCCCAAAAUGGCAAGUGCAACGACACAAAAGCGUCACUACUACUGAUGAACCUCUCUGGUAAUAAAGACGUGGAACUGAUCAUUGAUAUCCCUGCUAGAGACUGGACUUAUUGGAGUCAGCCCGGAGCACUCAGGCGUAUCAUCAUGAAUCUAGUAGGCAAUUCAUUGAAGUAUACAAAACAAGGCUUUGUUCUUGUAAAGGUUGACGCACACGAAGACUAUGAACAUCCGACUUUCGGCGAUUCUGUCACAUUGACUGUUACCGACUCAGGCCAAGGCAUGUCUGCAGCAUACAUGAAGGACAAACUCUUCACGCCUUUUGCACAAGAAUCAAGCCUGACACCUGGAACCGGUCUCGGACUGUCCCUUGUCAAGUCGAUUGUCCGUAUGCUUGAUGGAACAAUCGGGGUCGAGUCCAGCGUUGGAGUGGGUACCAAGGUCACUGUCGAGCUUCCCAUGACACGGGGCGCUAUCAGUAGCAACGGACACAGAGAGCCCACGAAUCAUGCGAACAGUGUUGUCGAACGUGUCAAGGACGAUAGUCUUGAAGCGGUAAAGAAGCAGCUUGGAGACUUACCUGCGUGA